CGGACGUCGAACAACCACAAAGGCCAAGAUCCGGACUCCUCGGAGGUGGGGGUAUCGUCGAGCCUGGGUUACAUCAGUGAUCAUGAUGUAGUUAGAACUACUAUGGAACAACUAGAUGAACGAGAAGGAGAACGAUUCCAGCAGCGACACAACCUCGGAGCGGCCUCAAUGGCAAGUCAUAGGCAACCAGAACCACACGGCGGGGCAAUAUUAAGAGAUAAACAUGCGGAGUUACAUUCACUUUCCCGUUCUCACCAGCACGUCGGGAACGACACAAGGACAGCGACAGUCCGUGGAAUCGACUUGGUGGAAGCGAGCAGUGGUAGUAAUUCUUCCGACGUUGGAUGUCGUGGCGCUCUUGAAGGAGAAGAUGAAGAGGAACAGCCUCGCUUGCGGAAAAAGUUACGAAGGCAGCUUACGGCGCCAACACAGACGGCAUUGCAGAUGGAGGAUGAACGAUCGCUAGAGCAUAGGUAUGAUUGAAGCGUGCAGGCAAGGGUACAAACAGAUUCACCUUUGUUGUCGGUUUUGGUGCGUGUCCAUAGUUUUUGAACUUUUGCUUCCACUUACAGUCGAGUUUGUACCUCACUGAAAGUGAUGGUAUUUUUUUGCUUGGCUACACCUAAAGGUAUAGCAUAACAACUUUCGACCCUUCUAAACAAGUUUUAUGUUGAGGAACCGACGCUGUUUGUCGGCCGAGGCUUUGUGGGCGGGAAUACCCAGACAUCAACGGGACGAUGGAAGUAUCGCCGAUGCGGAAGACGAGACUGCUGGUUGUGACGAGGAGGACAUGCGCUCUCCGUCCCCGGUCCCGUCACCUUAUGGGAGCAAGGGGAGAUCAGCCGGAGAAAUGUUACAGAGACCUGUCGUCCUGUCGGAGCGGGCCUUGUUUGAGCAUGAUCUGAUGGAUGCACAGUUGCAGGCAGCCAUGGAGUCCUAUAUGUCGAAACAGGCAGCGCGCCGGACCGCAGCUGUCGAUGUCCACUCAAACUGCGCAGUGGUAGCAGGUUCGAGUGCGAAUGCAGAUGCACCAGGUGAGCUCCACAACAGGG